AUGCUUAGUUUAGAUAAAAAUUCUAAGAAUGAAGGAUUUAAAUGCUUUCUAAAAACUGCAAGUGAUCAUCCGAUUUCGCAAUUUUAUUUAGGUAGAUGCUAUGACAAAGGAUUUGGAACUGUCCAAAUUAAUAAAGGACUUCAAUUUAUUCAUUAUCAAGGAAUUAUUCAUCGAGAUUUUCAUAGUAAAAAUAUUCUUUGUGAAAAUGAAUAUGAUGUUAUAAUAAGUGAUUUAGGAAUUAGUAAAUUAUCAACUGAAUUAUCAGUUAAUGAUAAUGAAUGUUAUGGUAUUAUUCCUUAUAUUGCUCCUGAAAUUUUUCAAGGACAAAAAUAUAAAAAGUAUACUAAAGCUUCAGAUAUAUAUAGCUUUGGAAUGAUAAUGUGGGAAUUAAUGACAGGUAGAAGCCCUUUUUGGCAUCAAAAUUUUGAUAUAGAUUUAAUUAUUAAUAUAUGUGAUGAACAUAAACUAUAUAGUAGUAUAAUAAUCUUACCAGAGUUCAAAGGAUGUUUAAAAAGUUCAAGCAUUAUUGAUGAAUAUAUUAAAGAUAGUUGUAAUGAAAACAACAAUAAUGGUUAUAUAUCCAAAACGAUAUGGUUUGACAUUUAA